AUGACUCCCAAGGACCAGGAAGCAGUAGGGAGAAACGCACUAGACGACGCCCGCUCUGUUGACGACAGCGCAAGCCUCGACACGCUCAAUGAGAAACGGCGGGCGACGCUUGCGGAGAUUGACAGCGCGAGAUUCUCUUGGUUCCACGUCCGAGUAUGCCUGGUGGCUGGUGCCGGGUUCUUCACGGACGCAUACGACAUUUUCGCCAUCAAUAUAGCGUCCGUCAUGUUAGGAUAUGUCUACGGUCAUGGCCACAAGCUGAGCGCAAACCAGGACCUGGGGCUGAAGGUCGCCACCCCGGUUGGUACCGUGUUCGGGCAACUCGUAUUUGGCUGGCUCGGGGACGUCUAUGGGCGCAAGCGUAUCUACGGGUAUGAGCUGAUGCUCAUGAUCGUCGCGUCCUUCGGCCAAGCGCUCGCUGGGGAGGCACACGCCGCGAACAUCAUCGGUGUGCUCGUCGUCUGGCGGUUCGUCAUGGGCGUCGGCAUCGGCGGUGACUAUCCGCUCUCCUCCGUCAUCCCCGCCGAGUUCGCCUCGACGCGCAUCCGCGGGCGCCUCAUGAUCGCAGUGGGGGCGAACCAAGGAUGGGGCCAGCUCGCGGCCGCACUGGUGGCGUUCGUGAUCAUCGUAGCGUACAAAGACACGCUCCUCGCGGACGACCCGGUCGUCUUCGCGCACGUCGACUACAUGUGGCGCCUGCUCAUCGGGCUCGGCUGCGUGCCCGGCGCGGUCGCGCUCUACUUCCGGCUGACGAUCCCCGAGACGCCGCGGUUCACGAUGGACGUCGAGCGCAACGUGCGCCGGGCGGUGCGGGACGUGGACAGGAUCCUUGCGGCCGGGACGGGUAGGGCCGGCAGGAUGGACGCGAGGGGGGAACGGGUGCGUGCGCCGCGGGCGACGAGGAGGGACUUUGCGCGGUACUUCUCGAAGAGGGAGAACUUGGUCCCGUUCGUUGCGAUGUGCUACUGUUGGUUCGCGAUUGACGUCGCGUUCUACGGGCUUGGGCUGAACACGGCGAUCAUCCUCCAGGCCAUCGGAUUCGGCACUCCCAGCGCGGGCGUGACGGGGACAGCGGCGGUGUACGAGAACCUCAAGAACAUCUCCGUCGGGAACAUGAUCCUCAUCGUCGCGGGUCUGAUCCCCGGGGCAUGGACGGCGUUCCUCGUCGUCGACUCCUGGGGGCGCAAGCCGAUUCAACUCCUUGGCUUCGUCAUGCUCACCAUCCUCUACAUCAUCAUGGGUUUCGCAUACGAGAUACUUACCGCGACGUCCGCGAGGCGCAAGGUCUUCGUGUUCCUCUACUGCCUCACCAACUACUUCUCGAACUUCGGGCCCAACUCGACCGUGUCCGUCUUUCCGGGCGAGUCGUUCCCGACACGCUACCGGUCGACCGCGUUCGGCAUUGCAGCGGCGAGCGGCAAGCUCGGCGCGGUCGUGUCGCAGGUCGGGUUCGGGAAGCUGGUCAAUAUCGGAGGCGAGAACGCAUUCGUGCCACACCUAUUGGAAAUAUUUGCGUUCUUCAUGCUUACUGGGGCACUGGCGACACUCGUCCUCAAGGAAGGAAAACAGCGCACCCUUGAAGAUCUCUCGAACGAGAAACAAGAGGGCUUCAUUGAAGGUGCGUGUGUCCUCAGGCUAUCGACUCCCUAUGCUGUACUGACUGUAUACACUCUAGGAACUGCGUACAGGGAAGCCGACGCCGAAGGCAUGGUAUGCACGCGAGAGGGUGAUGACUCUCGGUGA